AUGGCACCCAACGACAAAGCGGGUCGCGUUGUGUUCAUCGGCAACAUCCCAUAUGGCGGCAAUGAGGAAAUCAUCAUAGAGACACUGGGCCGCGUUGGCCAGGUGCUCAACUUCCGGCUCGUAUACGACAAGGAGACUGGCCGACCCAAGGGCUUCGGCUUCGCAGAGUUCGCAGACAGCGAUUCAGCAGCCUCUGCAGUGCGCAACCUCAACGACUACGAGCUGAUGGGAAGGAAGCUGCGCGUGGAUUGGUCCAACGAUAACGGCGCAGGCGACAACGCGCCUGCCAACAACCCAGUGCCAGUCAAUGGCCAGCCCGACGUCGCUGCGGCAGCACCACAGUCCGCCGCGAUCCCUCCUCUCCCACCGGGCGCCGAGCUCCAGCCCAACCUAUCUUGCCCCGAUUCUAUCUCUUCCACACUCAAUACACUUCCGCCACCCCAGCUCCUCGACAUCAUCUCCCAGAUGAAGGGCUUGGUUAUGACAGAACCCGCAAAAGCUGCCGAGGUCUUCAGGCAAGCGCCGCAGCUCGCUUACGCGAUAUUCCAGGCCCUCCUCCUCCUAAACCUCGUGGACACGAAUGUGCUCGGCUCGCUCAUCGACCCAGCUCCCGCUGCAGCA